AUGUCUACCGUUGAACCUUGGGCAUACCCCGACCACAAGCAAUUCGAACGCGUCCCUUCUUUGAGCGAAGUUGACAAGACUGACCGCAAAGCUGUUUACGCCGCUCGUAAUCAAAAGAUCCGUGAUGAUUGGGUUAAAGCUAUGGAAGCCCGUAUUAUUAAAGAAAAGUUAGAUGAAUGUUAUAGAACUGAAGGUGUCAACCACUAUCAAAGUUGCCGUCACUUGGCUGAUAUGUAUUUUGAAGCAUUAAAGACAAACAAGGUUGAGGGAUUCCGUAAACACACAUAA